AUGGACGACAAGAAGAGCUGGAGUCCCGAAUACUCUCCCGGACCGUCGGCGCACGAGGGCGACAUGGCAAACUUGGACAUCAAGAGGAAAUGGUCUCGGCGCAUGACGGAAAGUUUCAAGCGAAACCGCAACGCGAGUGUGACCGACGCGGCAUCCUUCAGUGCUCACCACUACGAUGCCGAAGCUGCCGUGCAAGCCACUGCGCUGUCGCCUCUGUUACGCCGGCUCAAAGGCCGACACUUGCAAAUGAUAGCCAUCGGCGGCAGCAUUGGAACCGGCCUGUUCGUGGGGAGUGGUAAAGCGCUGGCCUACGGGGGGCCUGCUUCCUUGCUACUGGCGUUCAGCCUGACAGGCGUGAUGAUGUAUUGCACCGUCCAGGCACUGGGCGAACUGGCAGUGCUGUUUCCGGUCGCCGGAUCAUUCGCAGCUUAUUCGACUCGAUUUCUCGACCCGGCAUGGGGGUUCGCGAUGGGCUGGAAUUAUGCAAUGCAAUGGUUGGUCGUUUUGCCGUUGGAAAUCGUCGCCGCUUCCAUCACGGUCGACUACUGGGUCCAAAAUCUCAGACUCAACGCCGCUUGGGUGGCGGUGUUUUUGGUUCUUAUCGUCACGAUCAAUUUCUUUGGCGUCAAGGGAUAUGGCGAGGCGGAAUUCGUCUUCUCCAUUGUGAAAGUUACCGCCGUGAUCGGAUAUAUCCUGCUCGGCAUUCUGAUUAAUAUCAUGGGCGGUGUUAAUAGUUUUGGACAACCCGAUGGCAGCUACAUGGGGUUUCGCCUGUGGCAUCAUCCUGGAGCCUUCCACAACGGAUUCAAGGGCCUGUGCAGCACGUUUGUCACAGCAGCUUUUGCCUUUGCCGGAACCGAACUCGUCGGUCUCGCUGCCGCUGAGACUGAAAAUCCAAGGAAAGCAUUGCCGACCGCCAUCAAGCAGGUAUUUUGGCGCAUCACUCUAUUCUACAUUGUCAGUCUACUUCUCGUUGGCACGUUGGUUCGGUAUGACGAUUCUCGCCUGUUGAACGGCAAGAGUAGCGCCGAUGCAAAAGCGUCCCCCUUCGUCAUCUCAAUCCAAAACGCCGGCCUGGAAGUCCUUCCAUCAGUGAUGAACGUAGUCAUCAUGAUUUCCGUCCUAUCAGUCGGCAACUCAUCUAUCUACGGCUCCUCACGCACACUAGCCGCAUUAGCCGAACAGCGUCAAGCGCCCGCUUUUUUGGCGUACAUCGACCGCGCCGGUCGCCCAUUAUAUGCCAUCAUCCUCGCAUCGUCGCUAGGCAUUCUGGCUUUUCUGGCGGCAUCACAUAAGCAGGAGGACGCAUUCAACUGGAUGAUCGCCCUCUCGGGCCUCAGCUCCAUCUUCACAUGGGCGAGCAUCUGCUUAGCACACAUCCGAUUCCGGCACGCGUGGCGCAUUCAAGGCCACACGCCCGACGAGCUGGCGUUUCGGAGUCCAGUCGGCGUAGUCGGGUCGUGGAUCGGAUUCACGUUCAACAUUCUCGUGCUGGUUGCGCAAUUCUGGACGGGGUUUAGCCCGGUCGGAUGGCGCGACAAAUCCACUUCGGAGCUUGUCAUCAACUUCUUUCAGGCGUAUCUUGCUGCUCCGGUCGUUGUGCUCAUGUAUCUUGCUUACAAGAUCCUUUUCAAGACCAAGAUCGUCAAGACCCGUGAUAUGGACCUUUUCACGGGAAAGCGCGAGUUCAAUGUUAAGGUUCUGGUGGCUGAGGAGCGCGCCGAUCGGAGGAAUUGGCCGACUUGGAAGAAGUUGUAUAAGUUUUUUUGUUAG